CCCUCAUAUUUUUAGCACGUAAAACAUUACUCCAAAUAGUAACAGGAAAACAAAUGGAGUCCAGUGACACAACUGUGACCACCAUAACUUCACCGAUAUCUUCUCGCUCUGUCUCGCCGUCGUCAGCUUCCCCUCGUAAUUCUCCGCCUCCGCCGCAAGUAGCGAUCGUAAGCCCUUGUGCCGCCUGUAAAAUCUUGCGUCGGAGGUGCGCCGAGAAAUGUGUGUUGGCUCCUUAUUUUCCUCCCAAUGAUCCCAUCAAGUUCACUACUGCACAUCGCGUCUUUGGUGCCAGCAAUAUUAUCAAGUUCUUGCAGGAACUGCCGGAAUUUCAAAGAGCAGAUGCAGUGAGCAGUAUGGUAUAUGAAGCCAAUGCAAGACUGAGGGAUCCUGUCUAUGGCUGUGCAGGAGCAAUUUGUCAUCUACAAAAGCAAGUGAAUGAGCUGCAAGUACAAUUGGCUAAGGCACAAGCUGAGAUUGUCAACAUGCAAUGUGAACAAGCAAACCUUAUGGCCCUUAUUUGCAUGGAAAUGACACAAUCUCCACAAGCAUCACCACAACAUUAUUCCUUGGGCCAUCUCACUAAUAUAACAUAUGGUAGUUCACAAAGCAACAUGACCUUCCUUGAUGAUAACAGUUUUGGAUCUUUUUCAGAGACUCUUUGGACAUGAUUAAUGAAACACCAUCACAAGUACGGCCGGCUUAUAUAUAUAUAUAUUUGAACGAAAAUAUCGUGUCAUCGAGCGGAGCCUGGAAGAAGAUAUGUUCAUCUGAUUGAAGCUGUAAUAUCUGUACUGUCAAAUUAGAGGGUUCUAAUUGACUCCUAGUUGAGGAUUUUCACCAAGUUAAUGUUAAGGGAACAGUGAAAAUUUUACCUAAAUAAAGUUGAUGUAACUUAUUUUAGUGGAACCAAAACUAAAAUGUCAUAUAGUAUGAAUCAGAUCUUUAAGAUUUGAGUCUAUGUUAGAUAAAUAAUUUUCUUUAUUUUCUAAUGGAUAUGAAUUAUGAUAAAGCAAAUUAAGUUGACGGGCCCUGCUCCCGCCAUAGUUGAUAAUGACAAGAUGUUAU